AUGGGGUGUUAUUAUUCAAGAUUAGAGAGGGAAGAGAUGGUUUCAAGGUGUAAAGCUAGAAAAAGAUAUAUGAAGCAGUUUGUAAAAGCUAGAAAUGCUUUCUCUGCUGCUCAUAGCAUGUAUUUAAGGUCUUUAAAGAACACCGGCUCCGCCCUUCUCCAGUUCGCCACCGCUGAGUCCGCCCUGCACCACCACUUGCCACCAAUUCACCCUUCGCAUUCUCCCCCACGAACACCUACGCCACCGCCUCCUCCCCCACCUCCGAUGAGUCCAACUUCUGAGACAUGGACGACAUCCACCGCCAACACCUCCUCCACUCCCCUUCCACCGCCGCCGCCGCCUCCUCCUCCGCCUCCAUCAUCCACAUGGGAUUUCUGGGACCCGUUCAUGCCGUUACCAGAGAGAGCGGAGACAGUGCGCGAUGAUGAAUGGGAAGAGAUAUCCACCACCGGCGCCUCGGAGACGGUGGUGACAACCACCAUUGGGGCCGCAAGCGUAGCCGCGCCGCCUUCUGCCGUUAGUGGGUUUUCAAAGAUCACUGUUUCCAACCCCACACAGAGCGAGAUGCCGGUGGUGGUUUCGAGUAAAAGCAAGGACCUAAUGGAAAUCAUCAAAGAACUAGAUGAGUACUUUCUCCGGGCGGCGGAAUCCGGCGGAAAGCUGUCGGCUUUGUUGGAAGUUCCGACUUGUACCUUUCCCGACCAAACAGCAUCAGGUAAAAUUCACGGGUAUGGGAAGAGUUUGAACCCGUUUUUCUGUUCAUGGAGCUCGAGCUUGAGGUUCGUGAAGUUGGGUUGUGAUGGAAUGGACGGGAUCGGUGCUGUCGAUGGCGGGCAUAUUUCCGGCAGCCACUGUUCUACGGUGGAGAGACUGUAUGAAUGGGAGAAGAAGCUAUACGACGAGGUUAAGAAUGCCGAGAGUCUGAAGAUUGAGCACGAGAAGAAGACGGAACAACUGAGGAAAUUGGAGUUGAAGAGAGGCGAUUACAUGAAAACGGAGAAAGCUAAGAAAGAGGUCGAGAAGUUGGAGUCGAGAAUGAUGGUUUCUGCUCAAGCGAUCGAAUCAACUUCACAAGAAAUCAUCAAACUCAGAGAAACCGAGCUUUACCCACAGCUCGUUGAGCUUGUAAAAGGAUUGAUGUGCAUGUGGAGAAGUUUAUACGAGAGCCACCAAGUACAAAUGCACAUAGUACAGCAGCUCAAGUACAUCACUGCCCCCCCAGCCCCAUCGACUGUCGCCACCACCGAAAUCCACCGCCAGUCGACCCUCCAGCUCGAGCUCGAGGUCCAACAAUGGCACCUCUCCUUCUGCAACCUGGUCAAAAGUCAACGAGACUACAUCCAAUCCUUAACCGGGUGGCUCCGGCUCAGCCUUUUCCAGUUCAGCAAAAACCCCUCGUCCCGAAACAAACAGGACUCUGCAAUCUACACCCUCUGUGAAGAAUGGCAGCUCGCGGUCGACAAUGCCCCUGAUAAAGUCGCCUCCGAGGGCAUCAAAGCCCUUUUAACCGUAGUUAACGCCAUAGUGAUCCAACAAGGUGAUGAGCAAAAGCAGAAGAGAAGGGCGGAUUCCUACUUUAAGGAGCUAGAGAAGAAGACGAUGGAGGUUCGGGGUUUGGAAAGCAAGUAUGGGACGGGCCCGUAUUCCGGCCCGUUGAGUCGGAAGACGGAUCGGGUUGCAGAUAAAUGGGCCAAGGUGGAGGUGUUGAGGGCAAAAGCGGAAGAAGAGAAGGGAAAAUAUGAGAAAUCAAUCGGGAUAACGCGGUCAACGACGUUGAACAAUUUACAAAUGGGGUUGCCGCACGUUUUUCAAGCAGUGACGGGGUUCGCUAACGUGUGGACUCAUGCGUUCGAAUCGGUUUGCAACCAAACCAAGGGUUUAGAGGAGGUUCAUGAUGAUUACGUGCCGACCGUAUUUGAUAAUUUCAGUGCCAAUGUUGUUGUCAAUGGUGCCACUGUCAAUCUAGGCUUGUGGGAUACUGCUGGACAGGAGGAUUAUAACAGAUUAAGACCAUUGAGUUAUCGUGGGGCUGAUGUUUUCAUUUUGGCAUUUUCCCUCAUUAGCAAGGCCAGCUAUGAAAAUGUUUCCAAGAAGUGGAUUCCAGAGUUGAAGCAUUAUGCCCCUGGUGUCCCAAUAGUCCUUGUUGGGACCAAACUCGAUCUUCGGGAUGAUAAGCAGUUCUUCAUAGACCAUCCUGGUGCAACUCCCAUAACUGCUGCUCAGGGAGAGGAGCUACAGAAGACAAUUGGAGCACCCGAAUACAUUGAAUGUAGUUCAAAAACACAGGAGAAUGUGAAGGGGGUUUUUGAUGCUGCAAUUAAAGUUGUCCUUGCUCCUCCAAAAUCGAAGAAAAAGAAGAAAGCAGGCCAAAAGGCCUGCUCUAUAUUAUGAUUGGAAGUGAGGUCCAUGGAGAGACAGGUUUACACGAAAUCUAGCUAUGUUAUUACCUUUCUGUCCUUUUUCGCCAUCCCCAUUCUCUCUCUCUCUCUCUCUCUCUCUCUCUUUCAAAGGAAGUCAUCGAGGCUAACAAUGAUCAGCAUCAGUUGGCUCGUCGUGUCUCCAUCAUCAUCAUCAUCAUCAUCCAUGAUUACUUAUCAGGUUUUGAUUUUUUUCUUCUAUGUAUUACUUCGACCGGAGAUCCAGAUAGAUUAAGAAAAUCGUCUUGGAUUCAUUUCAUCAUAUAUUUGUUAAUUUGUAUUUCAUCUUUCAAAACCUUGGAGAUCUUUAUGUACUAAAUACUCCUGUAGUUGGCCAAUUUGAUGCUCAUUAUCCUCUUGAUUUUUCCA